CUCCAAGUUCCACCGAUCCCUCCGCGCGCUGGAGUCCUUUGGACUUGCCGACGUCCGGACCCUCCCCUCCCCUCCCCUUCCCUGUCCCUCCUCCCUCCCCCACUGAGCGCGACCCUCAAGGCUGGCCCCGUGCCGAACCGGCUCAUCCGGGGCACCCGGAGCAGGAGCCCGAGCCCCACCUGACGGGUCUCCUGUGCCGGUCAUGCCAGUCCCAACAGAAGGGGCACCCCCACCCCUGAAUGGCACUCCUGUGCCUGUUCCUGCCUACUUUCGUCAUGCUGAGCCUGGCUUCUCUCUUAAGAGGCCUGGAGGCCUGAAUAGAAGCCUCCCACCUCGGCCGCCUGCCAAGGGGAGUGGUUCUGUCAGUCGAUUCUUUCCCCCUCGAACACCUGGCUGGAGCCAACCCAGACCCAGAGGAGUGUCAUUCCGGGGUGGGCCCCCAGGAGCAUUGCAGAGCCGUGGCUAUGACCCAGACCGGCCAGAGUCUUUCUUCCAGCAGAGUUUCCAGAGGCUUGGGCGAUUGGGACGGGGUUCCUUUGGGGAGGUCUUCAAGGUUCGCUCCAAGGAAGAUGGCCGUCUUUAUGCUGUGAAACGUUCAGUCUCCCCAUUCAGGGGUCCUCAGGACCGGGCCCUCAAGUUGGCAGAAGUCGGGGGCCAUGAAAAAGUGGGACGGCAUCCCCGUUGUGUUCGUCUGGAGAGAGCUUGGGAAGAGGGUGGGCUCCUGUAUUUGCAGACAGAGCUAUGUGGGCCCAAUCUACAACAGCACUGUGAGGCUCGGGGAUCUGGCCUACCUGAGGCCCAGGUUUGGGGUUAUCUUCGUGACACAUUACUGGCCUUGGCACACCUGCACAGCCAUGGACUGGCCCACUUGGAUGUCAAGCCAGCUAACAUUUUCCUGGGGCCCCGAGGCCGCUGCAAGUUGGGAGACUUUGGACUGCUGGUGGAGCUGGGGACAGCUGGGCCUGGUGAGGCCCAAGAGGGUGACCCCCGUUAUAUGGCUCCAGAGCUGCUUCAGGGUUGCUAUGGGACAGCUGCAGAUGUGUUCAGCUUGGGCCUUACCAUUCUGGAAGUCGCCUGCAACAUGGAGCUGCCCCGUGGUGGGGAGGGCUGGCAGCAACUCCGGAGGGGCUAUCUGCCCCCUGAGUUCACUGCUGGCUUAUCCUCUGAGCUGCGGUCUGUCCUCACCAUGAUGCUAGAACCAGACCCCAAGAAGCGUGCCACAGCUGAAGCCCUAUUGGCCCUGGAGGUCAUAAGGAAGCUAAGGCACUGGGGGGCCCUGGGAGGCAUAGCCCAUGAGGUCCUGAGUCGAGGUCGAGCCUUAUGGCAAGGUUUCCUUUCUCUGCUAUGCUGGUUAUGGCACAGCCUGGCUCACCCAGCCAGCUGGCUCCGCCCCCUGGGCCCUCCAGCCACACCUCCCAGCUCCCCACUUUCUAGCCUCCUUCUAGACAGUAGCAUCUCCAGUGACUGGGAGGAUGACAGCUUGGGCCCCCCACUGUCGCCAGCGAUGAUCCUAGCCCGCUCCCCUGGGGGUACUUCCACCCCUCGAGAUGGUUCCCCUGAUGUCAGAGGUGGACGGAGGAUAAGGGACCCCCUGGACCUAAGUGGCAUCAGCCCGGAGCUGCCCCAGGGUCCCUCCUUUGAGCCCCGAAACCUCCUCAGCCUCUUUGAGGAUUCACUUGACCCCAACUGAGGCCCAACCAAACUCUAGUCUGUUUUUAAUCUUUUUAUCCUUGUUCCUCACUCCAGGGCUCUCUUUACUUUGGGAGCGCUUCUGUAUAUAGGCCUAUGCUUUCCACAGGUUGGGGAGGUGGUUGGCAGUGGGCAAGGGACAGUUUUUUUUCCUAGGAUCCCUUCUGUAAAUUUUGGAGAUGGCAUAGUCUAAUAAAAACUAUUUGAAUCUUG